AAUCUAGUAGCACCCGGAUUGCGAGUCGGUAAAGAUCUCGCCGGUACACUUUCUGAGGAAUCAACCACUCUGAAAGAUUUUUCAUUUCAUUUGAAAAUCCCCCCGUUCGCGGCUGGUGACCAGUGCAACCCGAACUAAUUAAUUAAAUGAAAUAAUAAUUUGCUCUUUCGAUUAAAUGAAGAUUUCACACGGUCUUGAGGCCUCAACACAUCCGAGAUAAUUUCGUCUUGAAAAAUUCCAGAUAGCGAGCAGUUGGACCGGUCGAGGUGAUACAUUUCGAUUUUGCAAAUCAUGGGAACUUUUUGGAGUAAAAUCUGGGGCCAUUCGGCCGCUGACGAUAUUGUUGAUCCUGCCACAGGAUUAACUGGACGUGAGAAGAGACUUGUCCAGAGUACGUGGAGUAUUGUGAGUAGGGAUCCAGUGGCUUCCGGUGUUGCGAUAAUGACAUUGUUAUUGGAACGUCAUCCCGAGUACCAGUUGAUGUUCCCCGCGUUCAGGGAUACGCCGAAAGCGGAGCUUGCUGCGAAUAAAAAAUUCCAGGCACAUUGUGCCAGUAUCAUCACGGCAUUGAACUCGGUUAUCGAUGCAUUGAAUGACGAGGGAUUACUCGAGGCAACACUUGUGGCUAUCGGCGAGCGACAUAGGAGACGUGGUCAAACGACGGAACAAUUUACUAAUCUUAAGCAAGUAGUUAUGGACACUCUUCGUCAGGCUUUGGGUACAAAGUUCACCGAGGAAACCGAGGAGGCGUGGAAAAAGACUCUGGACGCGGCCUACACCCACCUUUUCCGGGGUCUCCAAGGGUCCACUUAAUUAUCAACAUCAACAACAACAACUUGAAAACCCAUAAACAAUAAAAUGCGCAGAGGGAGAAGUACUUUUUUCACUGAGUGACAUUUGGACGUGCUUCGAGGUGUAAUCGUACAUGGCGACAGGAAGUGGCUUGCCCGUGCCGUUACGGGCUACCUAUUGUUCAAACUAUUUCUAUCACCAACUCAAUCCUUUGUUUUUUAAUCAACAUUAACAAUCUAACUUCAAACCAACACAUUUAUUUUUUAUUGUGCGAAUAUUCUUCUGAUGCGCGACGUUAGAAUGAGAAUCUCAAGAAAGAUUUUUAGUUGAUGAGGAAAUUACCAAUCGCAAAUGGCGCCUGAAUUUUGAAUUAUCAGAUCAAAGAUUUUCGAGACCAAUUUCCCGGCUGACUUUUUACUUUUUUUACUUGUGGAAAAAUUCACUCACCGAUUAUUCAUGUAUUUUUAAAAAAAGAAAUUGAAAACCUGUUUUGGGGCUGACCAAACCAUCGCCAGAGGUCUUCUGACCUUUCUAAUAAUCAAUAAUUACCGAAAUAAUCAUCGGACUCAUUUAGGAUCUGCCCUCAAAUUGAUAAGAAAAUCCCCGGAAAAAUCGUGUUACCGAAAUCAGUGAAUCGCUGGUUGAGGUUCUCUAGGAGGUCAAGAGUCCUAUUAGAAAUGUGUCGCGGAUCUAUUGACGUUCAGCGAGACGCCUGGGGCAAAUGGGAUCUAACGAAAAUUGCCCAAUUAGACUACAAAUGACUACUACAGUUGAACCAUUUUGCUUGUUAUUUGGUCUUCAUUGAGGGUAUCAGUGGCAUUCAGCAAAAUUUUACGAUCUUCCUUGGUGGAUCAUGAGUGACCUCGAACGUGAUUGAGGUUUUGAGAGUCAACCUCGAAGGUAAUUGAAUCGUUCAGAGAGAAUAAUGUUCGUCUGGCAGCCACAGGUAUCCAUUUUUUCAAAGCACAGUCAAUCAUUUUUCUCAUCAUUAAAUUCAAUCUCCUUGGGAUGGAAUGAUUAUAUUUCUGGUGCAAGAGAAUUUCUUUGUCGCGAGCGACAAUCUAUCUGGUGGAAGAGUACAUUAAAGUGUUAUUAUAUAUUGAAUAUUAUAUAUUUUAUGCGAUGAUUGAGGAAAAAAAAAUAUUGUACAAUUGGAUAAGGAUCAAACGUUGGAGAUUUUAAUCUGAUUAUUAUCUGAUUACUAAUCAAAUAUUGUCAAAUAAAUUUUUUUAGUUAAA